AUGCAUACUUCAAUGAUGAUGACUGUUAAUUCACCACCACAUCGAGAUCUUGCCGGGGUAGCAGCAACAUCGUAUCGUCCAUACAACGAAGACUAUGCCGUCCAACGCCAAAUCGAUAGAACACAUGGAGAAGUCGAAGCGGAACGAAAUAAGAAAGAAAAGAAAUGGUCGAUUGGUAAACUCUUUAGAAGGAAGAAAAAGGAGGAGGAAAGUGGCACGUCAUCACAAAGUGAUGAAGGUGUUAGCGAACGUUCGUCGUCUAAGAGAAAAAGCAAGAAAAAGAAAAGAGCCCCCGCUGUCAAUAACUUCGACCAUAUCGUUAUAAGAGACACUAGAAGAGCUCAAAGCUUAGCGAACAACAGUGUCCGAGAUGUUAUUGAUGAUGGAAUCUUAUCUGACCCUUCUGCCGGCUUUUUAAAUUACCAGCCGAGAAGCCGUGAUAUGAAUGAAGAUUACCAAGACUAUAUUGUAGUAAGGGCUGAUGAUAAAGUAAAAUCCGAGAAAAUUCUCCUGGACCAUCCUCCUAAAAGAACGAGGAAAAGCAGACUGAAAGCAAGAGUCGAGGCACUGCGAAAUAGCCUAAAAGGAGACUCGAGUAGUGACGAAGAAUCCCUGAAAUCGUCAAACUCUUCUUCAAUGGUUCGCUUUAGAAGCGACGAUUCGUUAAUGCGUUCUAGAGAUAGUUCACUAAAUAAACGAUCAAGAAGUGCUCGAAAUGAAAGAUAUAUUAAGAGGCUAUCUCGAGACGAAGAAAAUCAACUUAACAAAGAAGCUGAAUUACUUCAACAAGGAUAUUCGAAGGCUGAAGUUGAAAUGUUAACUCGUACCCCAACAAGCCAAAGUAGUGGUUAUGGAACAUGUAAACGAGAACCAAUCAAUAACUUAGUAGUAGAACAUAAUAUUAUUUCAAAUGAUUUAAGUCGACGAGCAAUGAAAUCCGAAUCGAUAUCAUCAUUUCCAUCGACUCAGAGCUAUCCAUCUUCAAUUAAUUUUAACGCAAAAGUUAACAAUGAGCAAAUCAACUAUUCCAUUCAGUAUGCUUCAAAUAACAACUUGCAUCGCGACUUGCCUUACGCUCAUAGUAACAGGGUCAGAACUCCGUCAAAUCAGUACGAUAACCCUGAUAAUAUUAUGUGCGUGAAAUUUCCUCUGGGGAAUGUAGAUAUUAUUAAACCGGACGAAAAGUCUCCUCCCAUUCCUCCCCCACGUGACAUGCAACGAAAGGUAGUGACUCCUAUAUCUAUGUAUUAUGAGAAUAAUUCGACAAAUCUGAAUAAGUCGAAAAUAAAGCAGAACGUAUUACAUGGUGUACAUAACAAUGAUUUUGAUAGGAUUAUGCGCCGGAGCCAAGAAAGAUCGGUAGGGACAGCAUUUAGGCGACCUUUAUCGAAUUCAGAAGAUCAUAUCGCAAUGCAAAAUAGUGACUUAAUACAAAAUUAUGAAUAUAAACAUGAGCAACCAAGACGACCUGCUUCAGUUUCUGCAGAGCCUAAUCAUUAUGGAAUGUAUAUGAAUAGUUCAUCGUGGAAACAUCGAAGAGAUCAUAAUAAUAUUAUGAAACCUGAAGCGAUACAACUAAAACAAGAUUAUUUGUAUUACGCCGAUCAAAGUCCGAGGUCUAGGCGACCUAUUAGCAUUCAAACUAGUCAUAACGGAAUAGAAAAUCAAUAUUUAAGUGAUUCGCAAACGUCUAAUUUAAUAGAUCAAGCAUAUAGAAGGCCUCGUAAUGCGUCAGAAUUUUGGAAGAAAAUUGAUACUGCAGAAAUACAAAGGAAACAUCAAGUAUUUUCGACGGAAAGAGCUAAAAGUGAAUAUUCACGACCAUCGCAAGUAAACAAAGAUAAACAGGACGUUCAUAAGCGAAAUGAGAAUAAAACUAAUGUUACUCCAAAUGUGAUCAAGUCGCCUUCAGCUAUGUGGAAAGCCACGACGGAAUACAAACGUUCCAUCACGGUAGAGCCUCCAAAAACAUCACCUGUUACCAAAACCCACAGUAGACAUAAAUCUGACACAUUUAUUUCUAAUACUCAACAAGCUCCAUCUGACGACGAAAAUUCGGAAAGAAGAAAAUCUACUAACCUUGAUGAUGCUCUUAAUGAAUUGGAAGCAAUAUACAACAGUCUCGGGCUAGGUGACGAAGACUUAUUGGAUAGAGCGGAAAGAAGGGAAUUAAUGACUCCAAAAAUCAAUGAAAAAUGUAACGACUGGAAUGGCAAUGAUAACGACAUUCAAUUUCGAAGCCAACCAUCUACUCCGCUUAGGCGAAUUACUAGACGUUCUACACUGCCUGACAAAUUGCAAGAUGAUAUGGCUUUUCGACGCAUGAAUUCAUUGUCUAAUAAAGAUAAAGGAAGUUAUAGAGAUUCCCAAGCACAAAUAAGUUAUAUGUUGGCUUCCCCUGUUUAUGUUCCUUAUGCUUCAGACGAUGAUAGACAUUCAGAAAGAAAUGAACCGGAUAUUGUGUAUGAUGAUGUAGUAUAUCGCAAUGUUAAACAGACAAAUAGUAGACUGAGAACGGUUGAUCCUCAACCACCCUUUGGUAUACCUGUUGGUCCUGUAUCCCCGGCUCCACAAAGUGAUUAUUUACAUGCAACGCCAGAGAAUAGAGGAAGGUCACGUUUCAUACCAAAAAGGACACCCGAUCUUGUUUCUGAUGAUUUAGCAUAUCGCAGUUUACGCAAAGAUAAUAGACAUUCAGCACUAUUUAGUGGCGAUGAGUACCAUGGGUUGGGUAACAAUAAUUACGCUGAGUAUCCAUUUACUAAGGAUACAACAAGUAAUAUUAAGAAAAAACGUGCUGUUAGGUCUCUAUCAGCUAAUAUAUUUACAGUAAUACAAAAAGAGAUUGACGAUGCAAUUAACAUUUCCAAGUCUCCUAAAUUACAGAAAACACACAGUAACAGCGAUGUCAUGAGGCGACUACGUGAAACAUUCGAAAACAACGAUAACCGCGAUUCCUAUCCUCGUAACAAGGUAAAGCAACGACAUAAUACUGUCAAUCUACUCGCAAAUAAUGCACACUCAUCUACUCAUCUCUUUGCAAAAGAUGACUCAUUUGUUCACAAUGACAAUAAAUGCCUCGCUAGAUCAUCAUCUUGUGAUAAGUCCACGGCAUCAUCACCAUCACAUAAGUCAUCUCAAAUAUCUAAACGCUCAUCUAAAGAUGAAUUUCAACAAGUGCUUAGUAUGCUAGCACAAGAAGCAAUGGACACGAGUAACAAACUGGGAGUAGCGUUAGCUGAAUUAGAUAAGAAUAGAAAUAAGAACGAAGAAAUCGAAGCACAUAAUAAACUAUCAGACAGCAGGAAAAACUUCUUAAAUGCACUCACAAGUGAGCCCAAUAAUCAGACAAUGUCAGUAGACUUAAAGGAAAGUAUGACAACUCUAAAUGAUUUGAAUACUUUUAAGUUAUUAUCAUCACCUAUUUUAAACGAUGUUAACGAUUCAAAAGCCAAAAAGACGGAAGACAGUUUAUUAGAAAUAUCCAAUCAGUUACAUAAAGUCGAAAAUCAAUUAAAACAAAAUAAUACUAAAGAAACAAAUAAAGAUGCUGUAAGUUUAGGACUAUCUAACUACAUUGAAGAUACGGAAAAUUCCUUUGGAACAAACGCAGUAACUAAUACACAAGACAAACUAUUAAUACCUGACGUUGUGCCCACCUCCGCCUUUGAUGAAGAUAUUAAAGAAAGCGAUAAAAUUGGAGCUAACUCUGACUUACAUCUUUUAAAAUUUCACCCGUCUAAUCCAUUCUGUGGUGAUAAAGUCAAUGAAAUUAGUGAAAUGAAAGCCUUCAAAGAGUUAAAAGAUGGAAUUUCUGAUUUGAUCGCUGGAAUAUCGGAAGUCAAUCAUAAAUUAUUUGUUUCCAAUAGUCCUAAAAAAUCUGUAAAUAAGGAAGUAGAAUGUUGCGAUAAAAUUUCAGAAAAGCCAAAUGACUUAGAUAAAAUGGACUUCCCUCAAAAAGGCUCUGAGGCAGUUAUAUAUGUAAAAAAUACAGAAGUAGAAGACCAAGAUGGCCCGGACUCAACUGAGUAUAACUCUUCAGAAGAACUAGCCACCAUCUUUAAAUUAGAGGAUAAGAAAAUUAGCAAACCUUGCAGUCAAAAUCACGAGAAUUCCGUUGAAGAAGAUCGGACUGACUUAAAUUCGCCUAAUCUCGUUCGCACAAUAAAUCAACAAUUAAGACGUUUAUCCAUUGAUGAGACAAGCGCUAGUCAAAGUAAAUCACUGCCAGAUAAUGUAGUACCAUGGAGAGCUAAAAGGCAAAACUAUAACUCCCAAAACGACGAUAAAGGCGGUAACACGAAGUCAAAGCACAAUUGGCACAACUCAGGCACGUUGAUGUUAGCUUGUUCCUACACCUUGAUGCUCUCCCAACAACUGGCAGAUUUGGACUGGCUGACGCUGCUCGGCUUGCUGUUGGCAAUGAUCACUAUCAUAGCUAUGCUAAUAAUUUAA